UGGGAGGAAUGUCUGGCCAAGGUGGCUGCAACAGCCUACAACCAAGAGGACUGCCAUCCUAAAACUACAACAUCCAGUUCUGCGUCAGCGAGAGCCAGCUGCCAGCAAUCCAGCAGAUCCAACCUGAGGACAGCACAUGUGAGGAUCAGAGCAGAGAGCAGACAGACGGGAAGACGGACGCAGAGAGACCCUCCACCUGGACAUGGACCACCUGAUGCUGCUGCUGCUGCUGUGGAGCUCAGGACUCCAGGCUGAAGGAGAACUCACCUCAACAGAGUCUGUCAGGUUGGUGGGAGGAGCCAGUCGCUGUAGAGGAAGACUGGAGGUGAAACAUAAAGGAGAAUGGAGACGAGUGGAUAGUGACUAUGACUCUGACUGGACCCUGAAGACAGCAGCUGCUGCCUGCAGAGAGUCAGACUGUGGCUCUGCUGUUUCUGUAGAGAUUGAAGAGUCCUCAGUCAGAUCUGUGUGGUGGAUCAGGUCUGACUGUGUUGAGUCUGGAUCUGCUCUGAGGGAGUGUGUAAGACCAGAUUCCUCUUCCUCCGUCCUUUAUCUCACCUGCUCAGGUAGGCGAUGCUGCGCUCCGGUCAUGUCUCCCUCGCUCUCAACCUCUUCUCUCUACACACUCAACUCUAGACACACUCACUCAGAUUUUCACAGUGUUACUGUCAGGUUUCACAAAAACAGGAACCCAAAUGCAGACCCAGAUGAGGAUGCAGAGGUGGUCUGUAGGGAGCUUGGCUGUGGGGCUCCUUCAGUCCUCCAGGGGGCGCUCUAUGGAGAAGUGGAGCCUCCAAUGAGGACCAAAGAGUUCCAGUGUGGAGGCCAUGAGUCUGCUCUCCUGGACUGUAGAAGCUCAGGCUCAGAUAGAAACACCUGCUCACCUGGAAAAGCUGUUGGACUCACCUGCUCAGAGCCUGUCAGGUUGGUGGGAGGAGCCAGUCGCUGUGCAGGAACACUGGAGGUUAAAUAUAACGGAGAAUGGAGACCUGUCAUUUACCUUGACUCUGACUGGCACCUGAAGGUAGUAGAUCUUGCCUGCAGAGAGUCAGACUGUGGCUCUGCUGUUUCUGUAGAGAGAGAAGAGUCCUCAGACAGAUCUGUGUGGAGGAUCAGGUCUGGCUGUGAUGCGUCUGUAUCUGCUGUGAGGGAGUGUGCAUCAUCACAUUCCUCUUCCUCCUUCCUUCAUCUCACCUGCUCAGACCUGCUGCUUCAGCCCAACAUCUCUGUGUCCUCCUCCAUGGUCGGGGUCUCCGAGGAGGACCAGCAGGAGGUGUUCCAGGUGUUCUGGGGCUCCACCUUCACCAUCAGCUGCUCCAUCCAGCCACAGUACCCAGGAGGCUCCUUCCAGCUCACCUUCACCUCCUCCAACUCAGCACACAACUCCACCCAGCCAGCUGUCAAUCACUCUGCCCACUUCCUGUUUCCUGCUGCAGAGCCCGCCCACCAAGGAAGCUACAGCUGUGUUUAUCACCUCUAUGUUUUCUCUCAUAACUUCUCCUCUGAGAGCAGUGUGCUCUCUCUCAGCGUCAUGGAUCCGAGGCCUCUAAUCAUCAGAGCGAUCCUCCUGCCGCUGAUUCUGCUGGUGGAGAACAUUGUCCUUUACUUCUACUGUAGGGCCAGAAGGGGUCAGCUGCCGUGCAGACAGAAGAACAUUGAUGUCCAGGCCAGCAAGGGGCAGCUGCCGUGCAGACAGAAGAACAUUGAGCUGGAUUAUUAUAACCUGGGUGUCCCUGCAGCUGAAGGAGGGCCGACUGAAGAGGAAGGAUCUCAGGGAGCAGAGUAGCACCUCCAAGGAGCUCAUGGAGGUUAAGCUUUUUAUGCACCUUUUUACCCCCACUUUUACCCGCAAAUUCCCAUUUAUUUACCCUUACAAAACUUCAAUUAAUUUAGAUUGGCACAUGCUGGGGACUUGUGUACAAAAUCUGGAGUCUCUGGGUCCAAUCUGAGAGGAAAUAUGAGUUUUAAAAAGUACAUUUUACUGACAAGCAUUAUUCUUCCCAUAUGUCCAGACCCUGAUUUAGGUACCCAGUAGGGGUCCUUAGGAUGGACCCAGGACCACCAGAACUGGGUCAUAAAUUCUACAGAACUCCUUGAUUUGGAAAAGGUUCCAACUGAUUUUUAAAAUUUUUUUUUUUCACUGAAACCCCCUGGUAUUCCCAAAAUUUUUAAAGAGCUUUGCCAUUCACAAGCACAAUUAGAGGGUAACUACCGCUUCAACCUGGACCCUAUUUUCUAUGUUUUUGUGUCUAAGUUACUGAUGGGAACAACCAUCUUUGACAUUGGUCCGGUAUUAACCCUCCUAACCCCCAAACAGGUUUAAAAAAGCAUGUUUUGUUAAAAGAUUGCCAAAGAAAAACCACUUACCUCUAGAAAGUAGCUGAAAAAACAGUAGUUACCUUUCAAGGUACAACUGGAAAGAGUGGUCGAUAACCUUAAAAUAGCUUCCGCACUCGCCCAUUUUUAGUAUCCACCCAGGCCAAACUUUCCCAUGCGGCCAUCUCAAUUUCUUCGGUUUUUCCAGCAAGUCGUAACUGGGAUAAAGAAAAGAGUCUUUUAUUUCACAGCCAUUCCAGAUUGUUCUCUCCUCAAGACUAAAGUUAUCUGCAUGUACUGUUGAUGUGAUCUGACUUACCACCAGAUUAUGUCAAGUCUCAAACAACACUUGGGCUUUAAAAACUUGAAAAACAUCCCUUUUAAAGUAGAUUUAGAACAGAUUAAAAAUGUGCCAUUUGCGUUAUAUCACAAGUCAACUACAGACAAUCAUAUAAUUAAUCACAAUCAGAUGUUUUUGUGUUGACAUCCCUAAUUAAAAUAAAUGGAAAAAAAAGAAUUGACAAAAACUAAAAAUUCUUUGAUUAGGAUUUUAUCGUGAAACACCAGAAAACGUUCCAGGUUGGUGCAUCUGGUGCUAUGGUGACGAUCUGUUGGUGUUUGGGAUUAAAGAAAUACAAUGAAGGAAUCAAAGUCAUGUCGCUCACACACACAGUACAAUAUUAAACAUCAGAGGCUGUUUUCACACACAUUUCAUCUCAUUUCAUAAGAAUGGUUUGUUUUUGUAGUUUAGGACUUUACUUAUUGUGUAAUGAUGGAUUUUGCUUACUUUUGUAAUUAAUGCUUUUUCCUAUUUCAUGAAAUCCAGUUCAGCCCAAAGAUUUGAGACAAAAGCGAAACCGUUUAAGAACAUUGAAGGAAAUGUUGAAGCGGUCUGAACCGGCCCGUCUCAGCUCGACUCAAACCAGCUGAUGGUGUUGCUGUGACUCAGCUGGUGGA